UCAGACCUGUCGGCGUGCUCGCGGCGGCCGUGCCAGAACGGGGCGACCUGCGUCAUGGACGACGGCGGCGACUACACCUGUCUGUGUCCCCCCGGUUACCACGGCAACAACUGCCAGCUGAAGGUCGGACCCUGUCUCCAAGAAAGGUCCCGGUGUAUGAACGGCGGUGUGUGUGAGGACGCCGACGGCUUCGCGGUGGCGUGGGCGUGCCGCUGCCUGGCGGGCUUCACGGGCCGGCGCUGUGAGAGCGACGUGGACGACUGCCUGAUGGCGCCCUGCGCCAACGGCGCCACGUGCGUGGACGCCGCCAACCGCUUCCUGUGCGUGUGCCCCCCCGGCUUCACCGGCCGCUUCUGCACCGUCAACCUGGACGACUGCGCCAGCCGGCCGUGCCAGCACGCCGGCCGCUGCCUGGACCGCGCCGCCGGCUUCCUCUGCGUCUGCCGGCCCGGCUACGCCGGCGCCACCUGCGAGACGCCGCUCCUGGGCGGGGACGGAGGGGGGGGGAGUCAGCUGGCCACCGGCGGGAAGAGCCAGAGCAGCGGGAACGGCAGCUGGAACGUAGGCGGGAAAGGCGGCGGGAACUUUGGCGGGAACGUCGACUGGAGCGGUGGCGGGAACUUUGGAGAGAACAGCAGCGGGAACGUCGGCCAAUCGGGCGACAGGCUGCUGAAGGUGACGGUGAGCGAGCGCGGCGACGGCGGCGGCCUGACGCGGUUGCAGAUCACCGUCCUCCUGGUCCUGGCGGGCGCCACGCUGGGCGUCGUUGCUCUGACCGCCGGCCUCGUGCUGCAGCGCCGCUGCCGGGACUGUGACCACGCCCCCUGCGGGAGCCACGCCCCCUGCUCCUGGACGUUAACGUCACGGUGGCGGCGGGGGGGCGAGCCGGAGCGCCAGAUCAGCUUCCUGAACGUAGCCGAACCGGAGAAGAAGAAACUGAACACUGAGGUCAUUUAGAACAGGAAGUGGACUGCAUCUCCCAGAGUGCACCUGGGGUUAAUAAUAUGCAAACUAACGUGACAUCAGGUACAUUGAUAUUCAUGAUCUCAGUGCUGUAACUUCUCCUGCAGCAGAGCACCAAUCUCCAUCCAGAAAACCAGCGUUUUAACAGAUGUUUCCCUGUCUCCUUGGAAUCAUAAUUGACAACAUUUAAUUUUAAGACUUUUAUAAUCAUCAUAGUCAUCAUAAUGUUGUUAUUUCGGCUUUUUAUUUUUUGAAUGAAAUGAAAUCACACGUGAGAAAAAGAAUGUGAACCCUGAGGCAGAGACGGUUCGGAGGACUGUCCUGUCUCCGUGUCCCCGGGUCGAGCACACUGACGAAAAGUCUCAAAAUGGCCGUCCCUGCCACUGAGGACACGGAGACACAAAGGGUUGUAACUGCCUGAAAAAACAAUGUGAAAGCCGCCCAGAUAGACUGAAUAAUGAAUUAAUAUGCAAGAGAACCGUGACAACAUUAACAUGUAUAUUUACAUUUAUGAUCUCGCUCCUGUAGCUGUCGGAUGUUUCGCUUCCUGCGUAAACGGAUCGACCAAACUCCAUCCGGAAAACUAACGAUUUAAACGUUGUUAGGCUGUCUCUUUGCAUAUAUACCGGAUAAAGUUUGAAUUCAGACCUUUAUACAGAUCGUUAUCAUGAUGUUGUUCUUUCGGCUUCAUUUUUGUUCCGUUUGUUAUAAUUAAAUCCCCGCAAAAUGUGUUAAAGUUGGUUCAUGCCACUGGAGGAGCGCAGUCGACCGGAGCCCUGAACUCCAUCCGGUAAACCAGCG